AUGGCAGACUUUCUCUCCGGCUUCUCCAGCCCCGGCUCCUCCAGCCCCGGCUCCCCCAGCCCCAGCGCCCUCAGCCCCGGCGCCUCCAGCCCAGGUGCCCCCAGCCCCAGCGCCCCCACUGCCCCUAGCUUCAGGCACCGGGACCGGCCCAGGGAACUCGACGCCGCCGAGGGGCCGCAAUGGACGCACCGGCAGAAACUAACUGGACUGAUAGAGUCCCUAAUGUUUUCUCACCAGCCCACUUGGGAUGACUGCCAGCAGCUUUUACAGGUGCUCUUCACCACGGAAGAAAGAGAAAGGAUCCUCCUGGAAGCACGAAAGAACGUGCCUGGAGCUGAUGGACGACCAUCACAACUCCCUCAUGAUAUAGAAAGGGGGUUCCCACUGACCAGACCCAACUGGGACUUUAAUUCUCCAGAAGGUAGGGAGCGACUAACCAUCUAUCGCCAGGCUCUAGUGGUGGGUUUCCGCGGGGCCACGAGGCGCCCCACCAAUUUGGCCAAGGUAAGAGAGGUCAGUCAGGAGCCUGAGGCGCCUGCAGUGUUCUUAGAACACCUGAUGGAAGCCUUCAGGCGGUAUACUCCCUUUGACCCCACUUCCGAGGAGCACAGUGCCUCAGUGGCUCUUGCUUUUAUUGGGCAAUCAGCACCCGAUAUUAGAAAGUAGCUUCAGAGAUUGGAAGGCUUACAAGAUUUGUCGCUGAGAGAUUUAGUGAAAGAAGCUGAGAAAGUUUAUCAUAAGAGAGAGACUGAGGAAGAAAAGGAAUUGAGGAAGGAGAAGGAAAGAGAAAGUAAAGAGGAAAAAAGGGAUAGGAAACAUGAGAAAAAUUUAACAAGGAUCUUGGCCGCAGUGGUAGAAGGCAAGGGACACCCGCCCUCUAGCGGCAGAACUAGUAAGGCAGGGCACCUGGGCAACCGGCCUCCUUUGGAUAAAGAUCAAUGUGCAUAUUGCAAGGAAAAAGGGCACUGGGUAAAAGAAUGCCCUAAAAAGCCACUAAAAAAGCCUCCGAAGAAGGUGUUGUCCCUGCUGGAAGACGAGGAUUAGGGAAGACGGGACUCGGAGCCCCUCCCCGAGCCCAGGGUAACUCUGAAAGUGGAGGGGCAACCCGUUGAAUUCCUGGUAGACACCAGUGCUCAACAUUCUGUAUUGACUCAGGCAAAGGGCCCCCUCUCUGAUAAAAAAUCUUGGGUGAUCGGGGCUACGGGCCAGAAACAAUAUGUGUGGACUACCCGGAGAACAGUGGAUUUAGGAGUAGGACAAGUAAACCACUCGUUCCUUGUCAUACCGGAAUGCCCCACACCCCUGUUAGGAAGAGACAUCUUAACCAAAGUGGGGGCCCAAAUAUCCUUUCAAGCCGGGGAACCUCUGGUGACCAAUCAAGAGAAUAAACCUUUGAGCUUAAGCAUCCUGACUAUAAGAUUAGAAGAUGAAUACCGUCUUUUUAAGGAGCCGGAGCCCUCCAAAAUAAGUCAGGAGUGGUUUGACCGGUUCCCAGGAGCCUGGGCGGAAACGGCCGGCAUGGGGCUCGCCAAGAACCAGCCCCCUGUAGUCAUAGAACUAAAAGCUUCAGCCUUACCAGUAACUGUGAGACAAUAUCCAAUGAGUAAAGAAGCCAGGGACGGAAUUAGGCCGCAUAUCCAGAAGCUUAUGGAACAGGGGAUAUUAGUAAAAUGUCGAUCCCCAUGGAACACCCCCUUGCUGCCUGUAGAAAAGGCAGGAACGGGAGACUACCGACCAGUACAAGAUUUAAGAGAAGUUAAUAAAAGGACACAGGACAUUCACCCCACUGUGCCAAAUCCUUAUAACCUACUAAGCUCCCUGGCCCCGGAAAACACCUGGUAUUCAGUUUUAGAUUUAAAAGAUGCUUUCUUUUGUCUGCGCUUGCACCAGAGCAGCCAACCGCUGUUUGCUUUUGAAUGGAAAUAUCCCUCCACAGGAACUACUGGACAACUGACCUGGACUCGUUUGCCACAAGGAUUUAAGAACUCACCCACCCUCUUCGACGAGGCUCUACAUCAAGACUUGGCUUUCUACCGAGCUUCUAACCCACAGGUAACUUUGUUACAAUAUGUUGAUGACUUAUUGAUAGCAACCCCUACUCGGAGAACCUGCCAAAAGGCCACUGGAGCCCUUUUGGCUGAGCUUGCCAAAUUGGGGUACAGGGUAUCUGCUAAGAAGGCACAGAUCUGCCAACAACAAGUGACUUAUUUGGGAUACUCCCUGAGAAAUGGGAAAAGGUGGCUUACUGAAGCCCGAAAGCAGACUGUGACGCAGAUUCCGGUUCCCACUACUGCACACCAGGUUUGUGAGUUUCUGGGGACAGCAGGGUUUUGUAGACUAUGGAUACCCGGAUAUGCUUCUUUGGCAGCCCCUCUGUAUCCCCUCACUAAAGGAGCAGCCCCGUUUAUUUGGGGAUCUGAACAACAACAGGCCUUUGAUGAUAUCAAAAAGGCCCUCCUCUCGGCACCCGCUCUGGCAUUGCCAGACAUAACUAAGCCAUUUAUCCUUUUUGUGGAUGAACGGAACGGAGUAGCUCGAGGAGUAUUGACCCAACAAUGGGGACCUUGGAAGAGACCUGUCGCCUAUUUGUCUAAAAAAUUAGACCCCGUGAGUAGUGGAUGGCCCACUUGUUUGAGAGUAGUGGCAGCUGUGGCCCUCUUGGUUAAAGAUUCUGACAAGCUAACGCUGGGACAGAAACUCACUGUGGUUGCUCCUCAUGCGCUGGAAAGCGUAAUUCGACAACCACCUGAAAGAUGGAUGUCGAAUGCCAGAAUGACUCACUAUCAAACCUUACUCCUGAAUCGUGAUCGUGUGGAAUUUGCCCCGCCUGCCAUCCUAAACCCGGCUACUCUGCUCCCCGAUGUGGGAAAAGAAGUGCUUCAUACCUGCCAGGAAAUCCUGGCUGAGGAGACGGGGACCCGUCAGGACUUACGAGAUCAGCCCUUAGAAGGACCGGGACUCCUGACCUGGUACACAGACGGGAGCAGUUACAUCAUGGGAGGUAAGAGGAUGGCAGGAGCUGCAGUAGUAGAUGAUGACCGAAUUGUGUGGGCCAGCGGACUCCCAACGGGCACUUCUGCGCAGCGGGCAGAGCUCGUCGCCCUGGCUCAGGCUUUAAAGAUGGCAGAAGGUAUACCCAGAAGCCACAUGUAUUAAGAGCUUCCAGUAUACACCCGAGGAUCUCGCUCGAAUGGACAAGCUGGGGUUCCAAAAAUCCUCACCCCUUGGAACAUAUGAGUCAGGAGAUGGGAAAAAUAUUCUGCCCCAGAAAGAGGCAGGAGAAUACUUAAAGCAACUACAUCAGUUGACGCACUUGGGGGCCAAGAACCUAAAAACCCUGGCUCGAAACUCCCCUUAUCACAUCAUUGGUUUGGGAGAAAUGGCAGACGAGGUGGUGAGAAAUUGCGUUCCUUGCCAAUUGGUAAAUGUGAAUAAACGUCAAGUAAUAUGUGGAAAAAGGCUUCACGGAGAUCGACCGGGAGCUUACUGGGAAGUUGACUUCACUGAAAUUAAGCCUGCUAAGUAUGGACAUAAGUACCUCCUAGUCUUCUUGGAUACCUUUUCAGGAUGGGCAGAAGCUUUCCCUACCAAGACCAAGACGGCUCAGACGGUGUCCAAGAAGAUUCUUGAAGAGAUAUUUCCUAGGUUCGGAAUUCCAAAGGUAAUCGGCUCCGACAAUGGUCCUGCCUUUGUUGCCCAGGUAAGUCAGGGAUUGGCCAAGAUUCUGGGGACAGAUUGGAAAUUGCAUCGUGCAUACAGGCCCCAGAGCUCAGGACAGGUAGAAAGGAUGAAUAGAACUCUAAAAGAGACCUUGACUAAAUUAUCCAUAGAGACUGGUUUAUGUGAUUGGUUAGUCCUCCUUCCCUCCACUUUAUUUAGAGUUAGAAACAACCCCGGUCGUUUUGGACUAACACCCUUUGAGAUAAUGUUUGGAGCCCCGGCUCCACUCAAAUUGGUUCACCUCAAUACAUCCCCUGAAUGUGUAACUAAUAAGUUUCUGCUUGAAAGGUUAUGGGCCCUAGAAGUUGUGCAGAGAGAAGUGUGGGCCUCCAUCCGGGAAGCCUGUCGGCCAGAGGACUUCUCAAUACCUCAUCAGUUCCAGGUGGGAGACUCUGUCUACGUGAGACGACACCAAACGGGAAAUCUUGGGCCCCAGUGGAAAGGACCCUUCAUUGUCCUCCUGACUACUCCCACAGCCGUGAAAGUGGAUGGCAUCUCCUCCUGGGUACACGCUUCACAUCUGAAGAAAGCGCCCCAGCCGGACCCGGAUUGGCGAGUAACUCGGACGGAUAACCCCCUUAAACUUCGUUUGUGUAAAAAGAACUAUGUUAUUGAUUAUUCUGAUGCUUCUGCUACCCCCAACCCACCAGAACCCUAACCCCCAUGAACCCAGGUUGUUGACAUGGCAGGUCUACUCCCAGACAGGAGAGGCAGUAUGGUCUGUUUCUAAGGUGGCCCCCCUUAAAACCUGGUGGCCGUCCCUGCACCCCGAUAUCUGCGCCUUAGUUGCUGGAGUAGAGGACUGGGAUAUACCCGAGCUUAGCUG